CAGAUAUGAAGUAUAUUAGUUUGAUUCCAGUGUUUCUGUGUUUUCUAAAUUCAAUAACAUCUAUCACAUUUCCUAGCACUGAAGAUGGUCCUCAGAUCGCAGUACUGGAGUUCAAGAAGGUUAUGAAAGUUUUCGACCCCGAAGCUUCCGAACAGGUUGAGAGCAUCAGUUUAAGGGGGAGAGGGGGGACGGCUUGUUUGGAUUUUAACUACAGGAAUAAUGAGAUAUAUUUUACAGAUUUAUUUUCAAAUCAACUUAUCAAGCUGAAAGCAGACGGAGGUGAACAGAACCAAAAAAUAAUCUUCGAUUACGAAGCAAGAGCAUCACCAGAAGGUAUCGGGUAUGAUUGGAUACAUAAUAAUCUCUACUUAUGUCUGUGGGGAGAUGAUCAUAUUGAUGUAUUGAAAUCAGAUACUGGUGAAAAAAUCACCCUAAUUAAUACAACCAAACCUCGAGAUAUUGAAGUCGAUCCUAGAUCUGGGUGGAUGUACUAUAUUGCUGGCUGGGAAGAAACAGCUAGACUAGUAAGAUGUGGUCUGGAUGGUCAAAAUGAAGAAGUAUUAACCACUGACAUAGAGCGUCCAUUUUCCCUAAGUUUAGAUUAUUCGGAAAAUAAGUUAUACUGGACAGAAAAGUAUCCGGUGAAUAAGCUCUAUAGUAUAGAUUUAAAUGGUGAAAACAAACGCGAAUUUCUUCAUACUAGUUAUAGUUACGACCUAUCACCAUCUUAUUUGACCGUGUCCAGGGAAUACGUUUACUGGACAGCUGGUUACAAAAGUAGGGUGUACAGAAGACUAAAGCAUGGCGGUACUCAAUCACAGAGAUACAAUAAUCUAGAGGAAUUUGGCAACUACAAUAUCAGAACAAAUCUGUUCAUGGGAAUAUUAGCUGUAGAUCCACAAAAACAACCAGAAACUGCAAGCUUGUGUGGUGAUAAUAAUGGUGGAUGUUCUCAUUUCUGUUUACCAUCACCAGUUGACCUUCACCUUUCACCAUCUUUUACUUGUCACUGUCCUGAUGAUAUGGAAUUGACUGAUGAUAAUAAAACUUGUAACCAAUAGAUAGUGCGUUAAUCACCAACGCCAAUUGACAACUUGCAAUCAUAAUUUGAUUUUUAUUGUUACAGUAAAUGAUUAUAAUAAAUACUGGUAUUUAAUCCAUUC